AUGGCCGCUUGCGGCACUAGACGUUUCCGCACUUGCUGCUUUAACUACCUGAGGAAGAAGCGCGGCCCCGAGAUGUUGGAGUCAUAUGGUUUGCAGACCAAGCCAACAAAUGAUGUUACUCGUGUCGUAGAGAACUUCAGGAUACACGAGGCACCUCCUCAAUUCGAAGACCCAAAGCUAUGGUGGAUGAAUGUGCUCUCUAAUGGAAAUCCUUACUACGGUAGCUACGAAGAUUGA